AUGUCCAGCGUAUCAAAUGCCAGUCAAACUGGUUCCAAGAAAAAACUUUCAUUCAUAGUUCGAGAUGAGCAAGAACCAUCGCAUCGUUCGGCAGUAAGUGCUAUGCAGUAUGAUGCACAACAUGGUCGUCUUUUCACGGGUGGUAGUGACACUAUUAUCAGGACUUGGUCUGUACCACAACACAAAGACGCAUUCUCCGCUCGAGGCGGAGUUCGAUCCCCUGGAAAAAACUCCCCAGUCCAGUAUCAAGGAUCAUUGGAACAGCAUACGGAUUGGGUCAAUGAUAUGAUUCUUUGCGGAAAUGGAAAAAUAUUAAUAUCCGCUUCGAACGAUACAACGGUAAAGGCUUGGAGUAUUGAACGAGAUAAUAAACACGGAUAUCUUGACUGUUUUAGAUCACAUAAGGACUACGUGAGCUGUCUGGCUUAUGCUCCAAAUGUUGAAAAAGUGGUCAGCGCUAGCUUCGAUAGAAAUAUUUUUGUGUAUGACAUUAAUGCAAAUUUCAAAACUGUAAAUAACUUGCUUGGAUGUAAGGAUAGCAUCUAUUCACUCGCUACAACUCCCAACCUUUCUUUGAUUCUAGGGAGUGGAACUGAGAAGUUAAUUCGAAUAUUUGAUCCACGAACUAAUGAAAAACCAAUGAAAAUGCGUGGCCACACCGAUAAUGUCCGCGCUCUUGUAGUAAAUGAUGAUGGAACAAGAGCACUGUCUGCUGGAUCUGAUGCAACUAUCAGAUUAUGGGAUAUUGGUUCGCAGCGAUGCAUUUCUACUUGUAUUGCUCAUCAAGAAGGAGUUUGGACUCUUCAAGUCGACUCUUCGUUCUCGACUGUGUACAGUGCUGGUAAAGACAGAUGGGUUUUGAAAACUCCUGUCAAUGAACUCCCAAAAAGCCAACUACUGUUCCAAGAAGAAGCACCAGUGAAGAAGUUAUUGCUAAGUGAGAAAGAGAAUCCAUCUUCUAUUUGGGUCGGAACAUGGAAGUCUCAUAUCAAGAGAUGGUCAUUGCGUUCAUCAGCUCAACUUUCCAUUGGAGGAGACGAUGAAGGCCCAACUUCAUCAUCUCAUUAUUCUACCUCUACACCUGCUCCAUCAUCACCUCCAGUUAGUGUUUCGCUCAGAGUAAGGGACCAAAAACCUCAACAGACUACACCUGAAUUAGUGAUUCCUGGUGCCGCCUCAAUAAAUAAGCACAAAACUCUGAAUGACAAACGACAUGUUUUAACAAGAGACACUGAUGAAAAUGUAGCAUUGUACGAUGUCCUGGCGGCUAAAAAGGUAAAAGACUACGGAAAACGAUCAUUCGAUGAAGUAUUCGAUGAAAAUUCAAAAACUAUUUUUAUUCCAAGUUGGUUUGUUGUUGACUCUAAGAGUGGGAUGCUUCAAAUAACCUUGGACGAACUUGACGUUUUUUCUUCAUGGCUUUCAACUAAAGAUGCUGGUUUCGAUGACAACGACAGAGAAACGAAAGUGAAUUAUGGAGGAAUGAUGCUUCGCUCAUUGUUCGAACGUUGGCCGCCAUGCAAAGCAGCAUGUAUGGAAGCCGGUGAAAUGGAUGAAGUCCAGAAAGCUACAUCACAUUUCUUUUCACUUCCAGAGCAUACACCGUUCAUUGUUUGCGAAGGGAAUGGUCGUCCACUUUUCCGCCUACUUGUCGGCGAUGCUGGAAAAGAGUUUGAAGCGAAUGAACUUUCACAAGUUGUUCCCCCUUGGGUAAUUGACGCCAUAGAGCGAAGUCAGCUCCCCAAAUUCAACAAAAUGCCUUUCUAUCUGCUUCCCCAUCCUUCUACAAAUCCUAAGCAGCCGAAAAAAGACCGUCUGUCGGCCACAGAGAUGUUGCAAGUUAAAAAAGUAAUGGAGCACGUUUAUGACAAAGUUCUUAGCAACAGUGAUGCGAGCUCAAUUCCGAUUAGUCAAAUUCAUACGAAAAUUGAAAUGUACUGCAAUGAACAAAAGUUGGAACCUGAAAUGGAUUUGCGGACAGUGAAACACUUCUUCUGGAAACAAAGUGGAGAACUGUUGCUUUAUUAUAAACCAAUCAAAAACUGA